GACGUGCUGAGGCGCCUCACCGAGUUGCAGCAGGGGCUCUUUUACCAUCAAACCGACUGUACGGCAGGUUGUUCAAGUGAACCACGUGUUAGUGACCUGCAGGGGGGAAAAAAACGAUUAGUUUUAAUUAAUUAUUAUCGUGUUUCAGUGAAACACCCCAGCCAUGGUGAAACUCGCGAAGGCGGCGAAAAAACAAGUGAAGGAAGCAGCACCAAAGAAAAAGGCUCCUCCACCUCCAAAGGAAGUUGAAGAGUCUAGUGAGGAGGACAGUGAUGAAGAUGAAGAAGAGGCUCCACCACCCAAAGCUGCACUCAAGAAGAACACAGUUCCAGUGAAGGCAGUGAAAAAUGGAAAAGCCCCCAUCAAGCAAGAAAGUGAUGACGACAAUGAUGAUGAUGAUGACGACGACGAUGAUGACGACGAUGAAGAAGAAUCUGAGGAAGAGGCUCCUCCAGCUAAAGUAGCUAAAUCUCCAGCUGCUAAAGUAGCUAAAGCCCCUGCUGGUAAAGCAGCCUCUGCCAAGAAAGCAGCAGUUGCUGCUGCUGCGGAAUCAGACGAUGAUGAAGAAUCUGAGGAGGAGCCACCAAAAAAGGUUACCCCUGCUAAAUCAGCUAAGGCAAAACCUGUGAAGGCUAAAGCAACUCCUGCAAAGAAAGAGGAGUCUGAUGAUGACGACGAUGAUGAUGAUGACUCAGAAGAGGAGGGAGCUCCAGUUCCUAAAAAAGCAGCCCCUGUUAAGCCUGCUUCAAAAGCAACCCCUGUUAAGCCUGCUCCUAAAGCAGCUCCAGCUAAAGAGGAGUCUGAGGAGGAGGAGGAUGAUGAUUCAGAAGAGGAGGAAGAGGAAAUGGACACAACACCUGCACCAGCUAAAAAAGCGGCAGUGAAGAGGGCCAAGGAGGAAUCAGAAGAGGAGGAGGAGGAGGACGAUGAUGAUGAGGAGGACGAUGAUGAGGAGGAGGACGACGAGGAGGAGGAGGAAGCUGCUCAUUUAACACCAGGAAAGAGAAAGGCUGAUGUAAAGAAUAAAGGUACUCCACCAGCUAAAAAAGCCAAAUCUGAUGAAGCUGUCAGUUUGUUUAUGGGCAACCUGAACCCAGAUAAGAGUUUUGAAGAACUUAAGGAAGGCAUCAGCAAGUUCUUCAAGAAAGAGGGCCUUGUGAUUCAGGAUGUUCGUGUUGGAGGGUCCAGGAAGUUUGGUUAUGUCGACUUUGGCUCAGAAGAGGAGCUUCAGCAAGCCCUUGGACUCAAUGGGAAGAAGUUUAUGGGUCAGCCAAUCAAACUGGACCGAGCGAAAAGUAAAGAGGACUCUCAGGAAAGCAAAAAGGAGAGAGAUGCCCGGACGCUGUUUGUGAAAAACCUGCCAUACUCGAUAACUUCGGAUGAGCUGAAGGAGAUUUUCGAUCAAGCACUGGAUAUCAGGAUACCUGUCGGCCAGAACGGCACCAGCAGAGGAAUUGCAUAUAUUGAAUUCAAGACUGAAGCAAUCGCUGAGAAAAUGUUGGAGGAGACACAGGGUUCAGAUGUUCAGGGCCGAUCCAUCAUGGUGGACUUCACGGGUGCCAAAAGCCGACAAGGCAGCAAAGGGCCAGCUUCUGCGCCUGCAAACAAGGUUCUGGUUGUAAAUAAUCUUGCGUUCAGUGCCACAGAGGAGUCUCUGCAGAGCGUUUUUGAGAACGCUGUAGCUAUCAGAAUACCACAAAAUAAUGGCCGGCCAAAAGGGUAUGCCUUUGUUGAGUUUGAAAGCACAGAUGAUGCCAAGGAGGCAAUGGCUUCAUGCAAUAACACAGAAAUCGAAGGCAGGAGCAUCAGACUAGAGUUCAGCCAGAGCAGAGGAGAGGGUGGAGGACGAGGAGGAUCAGGACCUACAAAAACACUGUUUGUUAAAGGACUGUCGGAGGAAGCAACAGACCAAACACUGAAGGAUGCGUUUGAGGGUGCUGUUGCUGCCAGAAUAGCCACAGAUAAAGAUACAGGAUGCUGUAAAGGGUACGGUUUUGUUGACUUUGACAGUGAGGAAGACUGCAAAGCAGCGAAGGAAGCGAUGGACGAUGCAGAGAUCAAUGGAAACAAAGUGACUCUGGACUACGCCAAGCCGAAAGGAGAAGGAGGACGACGAGGAGGGUUCGGAGGUGGCAGAGGAGGACGAGGAGGAUUUGGAGGGAGAGGAGGAGGAAGGGGUGGAUUUAGAGGAGGACGAGGAGGAUUUGGAGGGAGAGGAGGAGGAAGAGGAGGAUUCAGAGGUGGCCGAGGUGGUGGAGGCGGUGCAAAACCUCAAGGAAAGAAGAUCAGAUUUGAUGAUUAAAUACUCCUUUCUCUAUUUUUUAAAUAUUUCCAAUGAAACGGACUGUGUUUCUGCUCGAAUGGUCUUUUGGGCAUUCCAGCGUCUCAUUUAAUUGAGCAUCCAACUUUUUCUGUCCAAAAGCUUCCUGCAUUCUCAAAUGUUCAUCAGUGUGCAUCUUCAUGUUUUCCCCAAUUUUGUGGGAGAAAAGUUGAAAUAUGAAUAUUUUUUUUAGUUCCUUUUUCCAUUUUUACUGUUUGUUAAAAUAUCCCUAGAUUUUUUUCUUUUCUUUUUUUUUUGUUUGCUUUAUGUGCGUGUUUUACCAUGGACUGUACAAAGCAUAUUAUAAAAGAUGAAAGAUUAAACAUGUCCAAAAUGUGUUUGGGCUUUUCGAAAUCUGGUUAAA